AUGUUGCUCUGCCCAACUAUCCUUCUUCUCUUCGCCCUUCCUUUCUCCUCGGCCAAUGAGUGUAUCAAAUACUCAUGCAGUGCCUGUGCUUGCUAUGAAUGGGAAAACCCCUCCCCAACCGUCACUGUUGAGCCCUCCCCGACGCCUACGGGUCCUGCUAAUCUCAUCAUCAAUGGCGGGUGGGAGUCGUUUGAUGGUGGAGGCAUUGCUCCGUGGAUCUCGAAGCAGGGCACAGGUGGCUCCAGGCCUUGGAACGACGACGAUGAGCCAUAUAUGCCUCCAUACAUUCCAUAUCAUUCCCGCAGCGGUAAAUGGGUUCUCAUCAUGGCAAACCCCACAGACUGGCAGGGAAACGUUAUAGAGGAAACCAUGUCCCAAACGGUCAGCCUGGUGAGCGGGACCGAGUACCGCUUCGAGGCUUACUACAGUCUUUUGUUCCUCCCCAAGACAACGACUACGUGCCGCUUUUGGGCGUCAAUUGAUGGGGUUGAGAAGGGGGGAGUGACUGUCGGCAACAGCGAUCUUGGAGACCCCUAUAAUUUCGACUUGAUCGCCUUUCCAUACACACCUUCGACUACUGGAGACAGCACAGUGAGCAUACAAUUCAAGUGCAAUGAUGCUACUUUCGAGGAAGGAGGUGUUAUAGGCGUGGACGAUAUCAGCCUGACUGAAGUAACCACCUCAUGA